AUGGCAAUUAAGGUCCAUGGAUUUCUUUUUUCACCAGCAGUACAGAGAGUUCUUAUCUGCUUAGCUGAAAAAGGUCUCGACUACGAAUUAGUUAAUGUAGAUCUGUUAACCGGUCAACAGAAGAAGGAGCCCUUUAUUUUACUCAAUGGAACACCACUUCUAGUCCAAGACCCAAAGAAGCUUGCAAUUCUUGGAGUUUGGUCCGAAGUUGAGGCCCAUAGAUUCGACGCAGCGGGCCAAAAGCUCAACUACGAAAUCUUGGUCAAGCCCUUUAAGGGCCUAACCACUGACGAGGCCUUGGUUGAGCAGUUGGAGGCCCAAUUAGCCACGGUACUUGAUGUGUACGAAAAACGCCUGACAGAAUCUAAAUACUUAGCUGGAGAGGAUUUUACAUUGGUUGAUCUUCACCAUGUGCCCAUAAUCAACUAUUUGAUGAAUACAAAGGUCAAGGCUUUGUUUGAAGCGCGCCCAAAUGUUAACGCUUGGUGCUCCGAACUCUUGUCCCGACCUGCAUCGCAGAAGGUGUACGGUAUCGGGCCCUCUCCUCCAGUGCAGAGAGUUUUGGCCUGCCUCAACGAGAAGGAACUCGAUUAUGAGCUUGUCCAAAUCGACAUGAAAGCUGGAGAACACAAGGGGAAGACUUUCCUUGCCCUCAAUCCAUUUGGACAAAUCCCAGCUUUUGAGCAUGAUGACCUGAAGCUCUUUGAAUCGAGGGCAAUCAACAAUUACAUUGCAUUCGCACAUAUCGAGAAAGGGACUCCACUCGUCUUCACAGAGCCCAAGAAGAUGGCGAUUGUGAGCCUUGGGCUUGAGGUCGAGGCCCACCAAUUUGACCCACCAGCAUCACAGCUAGUCCGGGAGCUCCUAGUCAAGCCUCAUUUACUGGGGUUGGCUACAGACGAGGCUGUUGUAACCGAGCAAGAAGCCAAGCUGGCGAAGGUCCUCGACGUGUACGAAGCCAGGCUGGCGGAGUACAAAUACUUGUGUGGGGAUGCGUUCACCCUAGCGGACCUCAGCCACCUCCCAGCAUUGGAGUACCUAAUGGGGACACGUGUCAAGCCGAUUAUCGAGGCCCGGGCCCACGUGCACGCUUGGGCCAAGGAUAUUCUGGCCAGGCCAGCCUGGCAGAAGGUUGUUGCGAUGAAAAACAACCCCUGAAUCUGAUGCGGCUAAUGAAUUCAGCUAUAAUGGAGUGUUUUUUUACUUUUACGGUUUUACCUUUUUUCAUGUGGGCGUGCUCAUGUCGGGAUCGUCCUUUUGCUUUUGUUGUGUGAUUUUGCUGUUUUUCUCACACGUUUGAGGUUUGAAGAAGAUUUGAAGCUGUCUGUUGCGUUGAUCGCUUAUGAAUAAAUUUGGUUUUGUGAUUCUCUGUUUUUCUCGCACG